AUGGUGCUAAGGAUGUCUGAAAAUGAAUACUUAAGCCCCCAAGUUGACUGCCUUAACCUCACCGAUACCCUUAAAAACGCAAAAAUCAACCCUAAACAGCCAAAACGCUCAAUUCAAAAAAUCUCGGAAGACGACUUUUGUUCAAUAAGAUUUUCUUCAAGCGACGUUUUUCAACUCAAUUUCGAAGACGCCGAAAUUUGCGAAAAGAUUGAAGAAUCGCCGGAUUAUUUAAAAAUAGAAAAAGUCGGAUGCAAAAUUUUUGUAUUCGCAAAUGAAGUCAAUUUCAAAUUUCCCGCCCAAAUUUCUUCGAUUGAAAUUUCCAUUCUUCCGCUUUCCAAUUCUGACUUCUCGAGUUAUUCCGAAUCUCGACUGAGAAGAGCGACAUUUGCUGCGCAAAGAAGCAAUGAUGAUUCUGUCGCUUCUGGUCCGGAUGAAAAGACUUUGGACUGGGCGGUUUACAUAGUCGUCUUCGUCUUGGUAAUUUUGCCCGUCGGAGCAAUUUUCUACUGUGCGUGUCAGUCCCAAAUGCACGCGGCAACGCAUGGCAUCACCGCUUCCCAGCGCGCUUCGGAGACGACUAUUGGAGCUACUGGAAAGACGAUUUCGCAACAACCUAUCACCACCGUCGGCUAA